UACCAACACACACAUACACACACUGGUUACAUUACACUGUGGAAGCAGUGCGGGGAGCAGUGGGAAGUCGGUUCCACGGCGUGUGUGUUUUGUUUUUUCCUCCUCCUCCUCUCUUACCUUCUUUUUCCUGAUUGUUUUAUGACUUUUGCUUUUAUCCCUCCCGCGCUGAGGAUGUAUCCUGACGCAUGAACGCGGCGUCGCUUGUUGUCGCGUCUUAAGUGUUAGAAACUGUGUUGCACAUCCAUCAGUUACCUGACGGUGUUCUGCUUGUGUUAGGGUUUUUUUGACACUUUCAAGGAGCUUCUUCUUUCACUGGACCACCGAGGAAAUAAUAUUCUCACUUUUAUAAAUGCACUUUUUUUUUUACUGGACCAUACCCGUCGUCGGUUGUGUGUGUGUGUGUGUGUGUGUGUGAGUGUGUGUUGAAAAACUAGUGAUGAGAUUUUAACUCGUUGUUUGUCUUCCUUUUUUUUAUUUUUCCCUCAUGACAUUGAGGCGUGCACCGGACUCUCAUUGUGAGACUUUACAUGUCAAGUUGUCGGCUCUGAGUUUCAGGUCUUUUUUAGUUGAAACACUCGUGGUGUGAAAAGGGGACACGGACAGCAGACACACUCCUGUUGCUUCAGUGAAAACACACCGGCAGCGUGUGUGCACGCCGCUUCCAUCUCCGAGUGACUCACGGUCGACGCUCCGGUUCUUAAAAGCAGGGGGGACGUUUACUCACUCGGUUUCGGGGGGGAUUUUUAGUGGGAGUUUUCCCCCUCCUGAUAGUUUCGGACAGUGCUGGCCUGUGUGUGUGUGUGUGUGUGUUGUCUUCCGCUUUUACUGAACAGUUUAAAAAACCAAAUUUAAAAAAAUGCCACAGUUAUCAGGCGGCGGCGGCGGAGACCCGGAGCUGUGCGCCACAGACGAAAUGAUCCCGUUCAAAGACGAAGGAGACCCGCAUAAAGAGCAGAUCUUCGCCGAGCUCAGCCACUCGGAGGAAGAGGGAGACCUGGCAGACAUCAAGUCAUCUCUGGUCAACGAGUCAGAGAGCAGCCCCAACAGCAACAGCCACGAUGCAGCUAGACAGUCCCAAAUACCGCAAGAUUCAUAUCAUGAAAAACACAGAGACCAUCCGGAUGAUGGAAAACUCCAGGACCUGUACAGUAAAGGCCAUCCGUACCCGGGCUACCCAGGCUACAUCAUGAUGAACAACAUGAACAACGACUCCUACAUGAACAAUGGCUCCCUCUCGCCGCCCAUGCCCAGAACGUCCAACAAAGUCCCCGUGGUGCAGCCGUCCCAUGCAGUCCACCCACUCACCCCGCUGAUCACGUACAGUGACGAGCACUUCGCCCCAGGAUCCCAUUCUGGUCUUCACCCCCAGGACGUCAACAACAAACAAGGAAUGCCAAGGCAUCACUCUGGACCAGACAUGCCCAACUUCUACUCCCUGUCUCCUGGAGGAGUCGGACAGAUCACGCCACCGCUGGGAUGGUUCUCACACCACAUGGUGCCCGGACCCCCAGGUCCCCACGCCACAGGGAUCCCCCACCCGGCCAUCGUCAACCCACAGGUCAAACACGAGCCUCCGCAUGAAACAGACAUCAUGCACAUGAAACCCCAGCACGAACAGAGAAAGGAGCAGGAGCCCAAAAGACCGCACAUCAAGAAGCCGCUAAACGCCUUCAUGCUCUACAUGAAAGAAAUGCGUGCAAAUGUGGUCGCCGAGUGCACGCUGAAGGAGAGCGCUGCCAUCAAUCAGAUCCUGGGACGAAGGUGGCAUGCUUUAUCUCGGGAAGAGCAAGCUAAGUAUUAUGAGUUAGCCCGCAAGGAACGGCAGCUCCACAUGCAGCUCUACCCAGGCUGGUCCGCUCGAGACAAUUAUGGAAAGAAGAAGAAGCGGAAGAGGGAGAAGAUGCAGGAAUCAGCCCCAGGUACAGGCCAGAGAAUGAAAACGGCGUACAUCUGAGAAUAUGGAGGAAAACGGAACAAUUUCUCCACAUGCAAAGCGAAGGCAGCAGCUACGGGCCCUCUGCUAGAGAUGGAGGCCUGUUAGAUUCCAUGAAGACCCUUAAAUCUCCAAACUGAAGCCUCCAGUUCUCAGAGGACCCCACCUCCCCUUCCUCCCAACCCUCCCAGCCCCACCUAACCCCUACUCCCCUUUCCUCCAACACAGUCACAUGCCACCACCACCACCACCACCACCACCACCACCAAAAACACUUCACUGUCUGACUCUACUCCCGUCCUGAAGGCGCCUGCUGUAGAGACACUGAACUGAACUGAACAAGACAAUCAUGAUUAGUAGGAGCACCCUCACGCAACCACGUUUUCUCACCGAAAUCAAUUUGACGUCUGUGUUUUGUCAGUUUCCUUUUACAAUCAGCUUUACCGCAAUCCCAAGGCACUGCACUGAAAAACAGCAGCAAUUUUGAUGUGCGCACAAACGUCUCCACCGCACCGCCCCAAACACCUGUUUCCAAGUUACUGUAAGUUAUUUGUCACCUCGGUUCCUUUUGUAUAGUUCAUUAGGCCGACAUUCACUCCCCCAACACCUUCCUUCCUCCCCCUCCAUUCUCUUUCUCUCCCUGGAUAUUUGAGACCAUUUGGGGUUUCGCCCGACCGACCAAACACCUCUUUUUAGACUGCACUAAGGAAGCCGGAGGGAUCUCAUCUUGUCUACGAAACGUCCUCAAGACGCCAUUUUAGUUUGUCGCUGACCAGUUGGUGCAAAAAAGGAUCAACACUUUGAUUUGCUUUUCAUUUUAGACUGAAUUUUAUUUUGAAUGCUUUCUUUGUAUCUUGAACCCUUGUUUCAAUUUCUCGGUGUAUAUUUUAGUGACUUUUUUUUUUUUUUAAAUAUUGUUUUUUUUUAUAUAGUGGUAUAUAUGAAAAUAAGCUUUGGACACAGGAAAGCCAUUUUUCUUGUUGAAGCGUCUUGCAGAAAAUUGAAACUUUAAGGCUUCUUUUGAUAACUAUUUGUAACAAAUAGUGACCUCGAGUCUUGCUCAGAUGUAAAAUAAUGCUCAGUAUGUGUACUUUUUAAAACUGUCAGGAUAUGUCAAUUUUCUUGGUAUUUUUGCAGGCAACAUUAGGACAAAGGCGAGAGUGAUAGCUCAGAGGCCUAUAUUUUAUUGUUCUAAAACAUGACAAAUGAAGCAGAUAUAUAUAUUUACCCCAGCACUUGGCAGUCUUUCUUUUAUUGCAAUGGACCUUUGUCUUUUCUCUCUGGUAGCUAAUAGUGUGGUCUUUAGCCAUGUUGUUUAUUCCAUGCAAGCAUCUCUGUAACAUUUUGAUUUUAAUGCUCUAUUUUAGUAUUACUUGAUGAAUUCCUUUUUUUAUUAUCAUAUUUUGGGUCACUGUCAUCUUGGUAUAGCAUUUUGCUUCCCAAGUGGUCAUAUUUGAACUGUUUCAACAUGUUUUUUUUUUGUAAGAAAAAUAAAAAGGCACCAUUGGCUCAUUUGAUCACUUGUUUGGUGGAAAGACCAGAGCUGGAAGUGCCAGAUGUAGCA